AUGUCCCUGCCUGACGUGGAGCCCGCCGCAGGGGAGCGGACGCCGUCCGUUGACAUCGCAGAGGCGGGUAGCGUGGUAGGCAGCGAGGCAGGCUGCGCCGCUGCAGCAGCGGAGGCGAGUGCGAAGAGCAGCAGCAGCAGCGUAUGCAAGCAGCCUUUGUGUGAUAACUACCCCACGGAGGCGCCGCCCGGCGGCAACGGGAGCAUGUCUGUAGAGGAAUAUUCUGUCUACACCAGUGUCGGAUCCCCCGAACAGCAAUACUCGAUCACCGUGGAGCCGGAGUCUGAGCCCGCCAACCUCACGGCGACCAAAGAGGAAAGAAAGUUGGCAACGCUCUCACAGUUGUCCGCGGAGGUGCACUCCUCACCCCACCCUAUUGCGCCGAUGGAUCCAAAACGGCCCACACAACGCAUCGAUAAUAAGACGCCACUGCUAGUGUGGCAGAAACGUGGGCAGCAUCUGCAACAUUCGCGGCAUGUGGAGGCAGGUAAAGGCGAGGGAAGUGUAUCUCUCACUCCUCGUGGGGAAGAUCCGCGGCCGCGUGGGAACGGCUCAUCGCAGGCGUUUAUCAAUUACUUUGCAGGAGUCUACAUGAAACCGGUCACGACACCAAGGCAUAGACCGAGCACGCACCCUAGGAAAGGGAACGGGAAAAGCGGUAAAAGCCCCAGACAGGCAGCCGCUCAGGCGCUGGAUCGCAAGGCCGUUGAGCAGCACCGCGCGGAGGAGUACACCGUGGAGGACGCACAAAACGAGGCAGCACUCCCAGAGUGGAUCAAUAACCACAACAGCAUGACGUGGAGUAAAGGUAGAGACACGAAAUCGAGGUGGAUCCCAGUUUUGCAGGGCGCGAACCAUCUCUCCAGCACUAGCCCAGUGAAGAUGUCUUCUGGCAGGGAGGGCUCAGCGGAGAGCACGUUGCCGGAGCAGCAGAAAUUGCAAGCACGUCUUUUUAUCCCACCCUUGCAGGUCCGGCGCCAGAACGACACCUUUCAGCGUUGCCUACGUGUACUAAUUGACCGAUGUGGCAACAGGAGCGAGGAGGAUAUGGUGCCGCAUCUGGGCUAUAGCUAUUCCUGCAUCCUUGCCCUCAGACGGGGGUAUUUGCCCACCGGCGCCACACAGGGUAGAACCAAAUACCGCCAGGCAUUAUUACCAAUCCCACGCCGCGAGAACGGGUAG